GGAUGCUUUCAUAUCGGGAUCACAGUCAUUGGGUGCGAUGCUGCCUCUGGGUGCUCUGCAACCGACAGCCGCCCGACCGACUGCCGCAGGGGCUUUCUGAACCCGAGCCGAGUGCUGCCUACACACACAAGCUACCAGCUCUCAUACUCGGCAAAAUUUCUCUGCUAUCACGUACUGACCUAACAGUAUACGAUGUUUUCAAUGGACGCCGUUUCGCACGACAUUUUUUAAAUCGCAGUUUUCGAACAUGGAAAUGACCUCUUCUCGGAUUAUUUUUGGGGUACAACUGUGAUCUCUUCAUCACACAUCGACUGGAGCAGAGUCAGACACUCCAUUUGCUAGCGCAUGCGAACAUCCCGUCUUUGGCAGUUAGCUUGGUAACGUUAGUCGACGUGUCUAGCUUUCUGGAUGUUUAGUGUCCAUAAUACUGGAUUUAGUUUUCAGUUGCCCUUGGCAUCGAGCUAGUUUUAGAUUGGGUAUUGUUUUAAACACCAUUAUCUAGAUAAAGCUGGCUAGCUGCGUGUUAUAACAAGCAAGGGAGAUUUUGUUCGUCAAAGCACAUCUGACUGGUUCGAGAUCAGCAGGGGGUUCGUUGGGAUACGGAAUGCGACUCGCUAAAUAACCAAGCCUCGGCUACACAGGAGAAACCACAUACAUUUCUCCGUUUUCAUUCAAAAGGGAGCAUGUUUGAGUGACAAGCGAAGGAGGAAGUGGGAUCUCUGAAGCUCCUCCCCCUGCUGGUGGAGCCUCUGUACAUCUGGACCAGAGACCCCUUUACUCAGCAGGACAGGAUGCGGAGGUUUGCCUACUGUAAGGUGGUUCUGGCCACCUCCUUGGUGUGGGUGAUGUUGGACAUGUUCAUCCUGCUCUACUUCAGCGAGUGUAAUAAGUGUGAUGACAAGAGGGAGAGGGGCCUGCCAGGCAGGGACGAUACAGUAUUGCGUCCCAGGGAGGGUCCAGGAGAAGGAGGUAAACCUGUGGUGAUUUCUAAAGAGAACCAGGAGAAGAUGAAGGAGAUGUUUAAGAUCAACCAGUUUAACCUGAUGGCCUCGGAGAUGAUCGCAUUCAACAGAACCCUGCCUGAUGUCCGCCUGGAGGGCUGUAAGAAUAAGCUGUAUCCAGACGAUCUGCCUCGUACCAGUGUAGUGAUCGUGUUCCACAAUGAGGCCUGGUCCACUCUGCUGCGGACCGUCCGCUCUGUCAUCGACCGCUCCCCCAAGUCUCUGCUGGAGGAGGUGGUACUGGUGGACGAUGCUAGUGAGAGAGACUUCCUGAAGCGGCCGUUAGAGCAGUAUGUCAGGAGGAUGGAGGUUCCAGUCAGAGUGGUGAGGAUGGAACAGAGAUCUGGACUGAUCAGAGCUCGACUGAAAGGAGCCUCACUCUCCACUGGACAGGUGAUCACGUUUCUAGAUGCUCACUGUGAGUGCACCAUUGGCUGGCUGGAACCUCUACUGGCCCGCAUCAAACUAGACAGGAAAACGGUGGUGUGUCCCAUCAUCGACGUGAUCAGUGAUGACACGUUUGAGUACAUGGCUGGUUCUGACAUGACCUACGGAGGCUUCAACUGGAAGCUGAACUUCCGCUGGUACCCUGUACCCCAGAGAGAGAUGGACCGCCGCAAGGGAGACCGCACUCUGCCCGUCCGGUAGGUAGGACACACUACCCAUCUACAGCGCUGGCAUAGA